CUAGUGGCCAAACAUUAAAACUGCACCCAUGAGCCAAACGCUUCUUUUUUCCUUCCCAGCGUGGCGCUGAAACUCGCUGUCCUUCCCGGCUUUUUCCUGUUCCUGCUCCUCCUAAAAACGACAUCCUCUGUCUUUUUCCACUCUUCUUUUAACAUGGCUUCAAUAAAGGAGAGAGCUGCUGCGCUGAAGCUCGCAGAGAAGCUGUCUGUGGGUCGCCAAGCUCCUGGAGUGUCCACCGCCCCGCCAUCCUCAUCCUCCAUGUGGAACGGCCUCAUCUCCCACCUCAGGUCUACAGUGACAGUGAAGCGCAGACUAGUCCACCUCAAGUCCCACAGCGACUGUUUCCUGGGCGCAGAGGCCGUAGAUGUGCUCGCAGACUACAUUAAACAAACCAAAGGUUCCAGUGUGUCCCGGGAUAAAGUGAUGUGUGUGUGCCAGACCCUCCUGGAGUGCCACGUGUUUGAGGCGGUGGAAACGAAAGUGUUAGGCAAAAUCAAGAAGCGCCAUUUGUUUCAGGACAGCAAGAAUGCACUCUACAGGUUUGCAGGUGCUUGUACACCUGCAGUCGAUGACCUGGAAAGAAGUGCGCUUGAAAAUGGGAUCCAAAGACUCCUCCACAGCUCUUCUCCAGACAGGCUUCCAGAAGAGUCACACGUUCAAACCUCAGAGACGCCAGUAAAGGUCGGCCGACAGGGGGCUCUCUAUGCUAACAUUUCGUUGGAGCCUCCUGUGGGCAACCUGAGUGCCAGCAAAGCGCGGACGGACUCCAUUUUACCUCAGCCUGUGGUGGACGAGGUGUGGCAGGAGCAGACUCUGCUCAGGCUGUUGCACCUGGUGGAGCUCCCUGUGCUGGAAGGAGUUCUUCAGUGCACCCACAACCCAUCAUCUCAGCUUCAGUCCAGCCCAGUGGGUCACGCUGACCCAGAUGUGAUCGACAGCAUUAGAAACCCGGAGCGACAGAUCCUCAAGGCUUUCAAGAACUCCCAGGAAGAUGAGUGGCUCUGUGCAGCUCUGGACUGCUUGGACUUCCUCCCUGACCAGCAGGUUGUGGACCUGAGCAGAGAGAUGCCUCACUGUUUUCCUAAAUGUGGAGAAGCAGCAGCUCAAACCUGUGCUGAGCAGAGUCCUCUUCCCCAGAGCGGAUUGGCUCAGUUUAAGCUGCUACUCUAUGGGAUACUGGUCAAGCACUACAGUAAUAUGAACAUCAGACCUCUUUUGCCACAGAACUUGACUGAUGUCUACUCAGCCAUCACAGACCUGCUGGUCAAAGCGAAGUUGGAUAAAGCUUUGGAGGCCGUGCAACUGUGUCUGAAGCUGCUUCCACAGAGCAACAGAGAAGAGCUGCGCCGGCUGCUCACUUUCAUGUCUUUGGCAGCUGACCCACUGGGGAUGAGAGUAGACAAAGAGACAGUAAACAGGCUGGCAGUGAAAAAGGCCUUCUCCCGAGCAAUACUGCACGGCAGAUCUCUAUCAAAAGAGAAGGAGGACAUUCUGCUGGUCUUCAUGCUUAGCAACAUCAAAGAAAUCUUUAAGACACCGGGGGCUCUGCACCAAGGAGUCAGCAACAAGUUGGUGAGCCUUGCCCAGGGCAAACAUCCAGAUAUGACGGGAUCAACUUUAAACCAGGACAUUUCCAGCAGGACAUUUGCCGACUCUACAAAGAAGACCACGAACAAGGAACUGUGGAUUCUGUUAAACAAUAUAUACUUAGAUACCAAGAUGUCGGAAAAGGAGAAGAAGCGCCACCUUAGACAAUUUAACCAAGCCCAUCCGGAGUUAUUUAAUCAGUAUUUUGGUGACUCUGCUGUCAGCUGGCUGUAACAUUAUCACAUUUUGUUGUUCAUUUGUCAUACAGUGUUUAUCAAAGUGAUCUGUAAAGCAUUUGAUGGAAACUAAGAAAACUAUAAAAAGUCAUAAGAAUGACCAAACAAUUCCCCAAAGUUGGUGUUGUAAAUGUUGUAAACUACCAGAAGACCAGGAAAUGUGUGAUGUAGGAAAUGGUGCAAAUAAAAAGAAGGA